AUGGUAUAUGUAGCAAAAUGGCUAUUCGUUCAAGAAGAGCAUCUGCGCGAAAUCUAUGAAGAAGAAGAAGCCACGCAGAAAUUUGCUACUUUAGUCACUAGUGUUUUAUCUCACAUAAGGUUCCCCAUGAUGACGCCUAGACAGAGAGCAAGUCUAUCGAAUCAUUCUCUCGCCUGCCGUUUCAGGGACUUCUUUUUGGGUGCCAUGAUGUUCGCUAUGAACAUCAACGAACGGCAUACCGCUCCCAAUUUAGAUCUUUUCGUACCGCGAUUGUACACGUGCCCGACUUGGUGCACGCAAUUUGUGGUGGAAAAUUACCCUAUCUUAACGGCCUACAGUUACAGGACAUUAACAUUUAGCACACCUUCGAGCAUCGCGGAAUGGGACAAUUGUCAUCAGACGAAAAUCAAUUGGACGAUGGAUAUAUAUCCGAAAGGCGUGUGGUUUCGUAAAUUUUAUCUCCUCCUGUGGAGAGGAAGAUCGGAAAUGCCCGAAUACGUCAUCAAAUCGGUAAGAGUGUCGGUAUCUCCCGACAUUUCCGACGAAACCAUUAGAGCCACGGUGGGUGUCCUGGUAUGCGGGAAGGAAGACAGCACGGAGCACAUCCAGAGAGUAAUCUCCAAAGAGUUUCUGUUCACCAACGAAGAUCGAGUGUUAAAUCUAGAAGACGUCAUUCCGUACGAAGAACUGAAUUGUUUCCGAUCAUCUUACCUAGUGGGCGAAAAAUCUGACACGUUGAGGAUCAUGGUGGUGGUUCUUCCCACGUUGUCCACUUGCCACGACACCGGACAGAAGUCAAAUAUUCCGUCCAAAUAUAUCUGUGAUACGGUGGUCUGA